CGCCCAUUGACCAAUUCCAUCCCACGCGCCGCCGUCUCGUUCAUAAACAAACCCGUGUUCCCCUCCAUCUGCCUUCACAUCUUGCUUUUUACCAUCUUAUCAAACCCAAUCCUAAUACCUGUCCUCCCUCCGCGCUGUGCGCCUCGAUACCAAAGUCUUCAACCACCAAACACACAUAUCUACACCUCACACAAACAUUACCAACCUCACCUACAGCACUCCCACCACCCCCCCAAAACCGCAAAAAUGACCCGCCUCCUCACCCGCCUCCUCCUCCUCGCCUCAACAGCAACAGCCCACUUCUCCCUCACCCUCCCCAAACCCUUAGGCGACUCAGACGACAACGAAGCAACCGCCCCCUGCGGCGGCUACACCGCCUCCUCCUCCUCCGCCACAACAGACUUCUACGUCGAAGGCGACGCAAUCGGCAUGGAAAACGGCCACCCCCAAACAAACUGGCUCUUCCGCGCCACGCUCGACACCACCGCCGCGAGCGGCUGGACGCAGCUGUUCCCCAUCGUCAUGCAGACUGGCCUGGGCAAUUUUUGCGAGCCAAAAGUUGCGGCGCCGGGGAAUUGGACGGGCAAGAGGGGUGUUGUUAGUGUUGUUGCGCAUUCGCCCGAUGGGCUUUUGUAUACUUGCGCCGCAGUAAACUUCGUCUCCGGCACAGCGCCAACCCGCUCAGACUGCAAAAACGCAACAGUCACCGUCGACUUCACCUCAGACCCCACCCUCACAGCCCUCCUGAGCGCCAGCGGCUCCUCAAGCAGCGGCACCCCGUCCUCCGGAUCCUCGGGAACCUCGACCCCGUCCGCCUCGGCCUCGAGCACCGCCAACGCCGCGCCCGGUGCCCUGGGCGGUACCGCCUUCUCCGCUGGCGCCGUAGCUGGUCUCUUGGUGUCGUUUACUGCUGCUGUUGGCGGUGCUGCCAUGUUCUUCUAGAAAGUUUUGAAAGAAUCUCUGGCGAUGACAGGUGAUUAUUCUUGACGGGGAGGUGGAAGUGAACUGUACAUUAGUCGCAGCAUUCUCUAUAUGACGAGGUCCUCCUGACGGCCUGGUAUCUGGCUACGGCCAAAUCGAUGAAACAAGCACUGGAUUCGGAGCGUGUAUAAUCGAGUGCAGCGAGACUGCUGCUGAAGACCCGUAAAGCUUCGUUUCCAAAUCGAUGGCUCAAGAGCAAACGUGACAUGUGCG